UGUCCACGCUCAACCGCUGACCGUCAUUCUCUCCGACUCGUACUAGUAACCGUUGCCCCGUCUGAGUUUAGCUCUGUUGUCAAACGGCUAGAGGCCAGUUUUUCGUCUCUGCGCCAUUCCGUUAGCUCCAGUUGGAGAGCUAACGGCCGCCUGAUGAAAUGGGAUGAUGUAGCGGGAUAACUUUAUGGAACAACUACGCAGUACCUUAGCAUGCUAAGCUAACGCGGAGCCAGUAAGUAGACCGAGCUAGCGGCUGGAAGCUAAUCCAGACUAACGUUUACCUGCCGUGGUUAGCUAACAUGAUGGAAAGUGGAAAGGAAAACUACUCUGGAGCGCUUUCGGCGUCACCGGCACUACAGGGGACACCAGACUCUAGCGGGGACCUCGUAAAGCCGAGCGGAUUAUCCUCGCUCCCCGCUGGAAAGAGACCCUCCAUCGCAGAGGAUGAGGGUGGGGGCGCCGAGACGAAACUCUUCGGGAAGGGACUUGCAGCCACCUCCCUUCUCCAGAUUGCCAUAAGAAACGGGAUCUAUCAGAACCAAGUUGCCAGCGCUACGGGAAAAAACAGCAACAUUCCCGCGGUGAAAGCCGCCAACAUGUACAGCUUGACGUCGGUGAACAGCAGCACUUCGGUGAACUCGCUGCUGAACAGGCGGCGGCACAGACACAAGAGGAAUCUGUCUCUGGGGGCUCCGCCUGGGGCGUCCUCCGUUGAAGCAGCUAACCCCGCUCCCUCAGUCUCGCCCCUGAGCACUCUCAGCCUGGACAGAAAGACCUUCCUCCGGCAGAAGCAGUCAAAGCAGCUCCAGGCCGCUGACAAGUCAUGGGUGAGAUCCGAGCUCCGGCGAGGCUGUGUCCACGUCCACGACUGGCUCACGCCCUCCAUCCCGCGCCCAGUGCUCUGCACCGUGGACACCACAGCGAAAGAGAUAGCCACUAAACUGGAGGGGAGUAAAUCUGGGGCUGUACUGAGAAUAAACUGCAAAGCUGCUGCUGUAUCUGACAUCAGUGGUCUUUGUAAAGAUACUAAUGGACAUACUGAUACUGUGGAUGUGAAAAAUCCUAAAGUGGAAGAGAAUGAAAACACAAAGAUUUGCCCUGAAACUAAAAUGCCCUCUAAUAUAUUUUUUGAUGAUAAAACUGGCAGUAAUUCUUCAUCUGAGGCAUGUUUGAAUGACAUCGGCAUUGAUUUGAGCCAGAGUGCUGCAGACUGUUUCGGAGCCUACUCUGGUUCAGAUAUGGAGAGCAGCACCUGUGAGGACUUUAGCCCAGGUGGACCCAGGAGCACAGAGCACCGGGACUCCCUCAGCGAAGGCCCGGGUUUAGGUAUUGACUCUUCAGUGCUAAGUCCGAACUGUGACAGUGCUACGGAGGGACCUGACCCAUUUGAGAGCUCCUCGGAUGAGCUAGAGCUCACAUCUUCCCCAACACACUCUACGGACAACUCUGCAGCAGACCAGCUCCCAUCAGAAACUCCUAACCAAGACGAGGACACUGCAACUGCCCCCGGUGAUGCCACAGAUUCCCCCAAAUUAAUCAAAGCUCCCUCUAAAUGCUCCAGCAGCUCUCUGACUCGGCCUCUCACCAGCCAACCAAUUAUCCAGCCUGACCAGGAGAUCCCUGGGGGCAGUGGAGUAUGGCCUGAGCCGCUCAAUACCAGUCCAACCCCGACCCUCUUCAUACAGCUGCAUGGGGGAGUUGUGCGGCGGCUGGCGGAUGAUGAACAGCCUCUGCAGAUCCUGAACGAGUACCUCAUCAAUCUGGGGUUUGAAGAUGAGUGGAGGGUGCAGGAGGAGGGGAUGAAUCCAGAAAUCGGCUGCCUUAUACGCUUCUACUUUGGUAAGCCUCGCAGCGUGGGUGGUUCUGAACGUGUGCAGCUGUCCGGAGUGUUUAAUGUGCGAAAAGGGAAGCUGGCCCUGCCAGUAAACCGCUGGUCAAAGCGUCAGGUCACGCUGAGUGGUACCUGCCUUAUUGUGUCGUCUGUAAAACACGCCCAUACGGGCAAGAUGCACAUCCUGCCCCUCAUCGGAGGAAAGGUGGAAGAGGUGAAGAGGCACAGCCACUGUUUGGCCUUCAACUCUGCCGGUCCUCAGAGUCAGAUCUAUUACGUCAGCUACGACUCCUACGCUGAGCACCUGCGCUGGCACAGGAUGGCCUCAAAGAUUGCCUCCCAGAGGGUGAACUCUGUGGACCUGUCGUGCUGCAGCCUGGAGGAGCUGCCCUCUCAGCUCUUUUACAGCCAGGACCUAACACAUCUCAACCUCAAACACAACUUCAUGUCCCUGCAAAAAGGUGUCCCUGCACUCACCAGGUUCUGUAAACUAAGAAGCCUCAGUCUGUCAAAUAACGCACUGUCUGAGUUUCCUCUGGCACUGUGCGACAUCACCUCUCUCACAAAGCUCAACCUGUCUGGAAACCGUCUCUCCUGUCUCCCUGCGGAAGUCGCUACCAUGCACAACUUGCAGACUCUCCUCCUGGACGGAAACAUUCUAAGCUCGCUGCCUGCAGAGAUGUGCUCUCUGGAGGGACUGACCUACCUCGGCUUAUCCUUCAACUGUUUCAGCGGUGUCCCUCCCAUCCUGGAGAAGCUCAGAGGGAUGGACAAACUCUGUCUGGCAGGGAAUCGGCUCUCUGUCCUGGAUAUGGCUGCGCUGCAGUGGCUGCCUGCUCGAUAUAUAGAUGUCAGGAUGAACCGGCUUCAGAAUGUAACCAUGGCUGAUUCAGAGCAGCUGCUCCACAUCAUCCAGCUGGACAUGAGGGAUGCUGGCCUACAGAAGCUGGAUGUCAGCUGUUUGGGGAAGCUGGAGCUGCUCCGCUGCAACAGAAACUGCCUCUCCGUUCUCAGAGUCAGCGGCCACGCCCUCAAAAGUUUGCAUGCCAGUCAUAAUGAGUUAAUGCAGCUGGAGGUGCAGCCUGUGCCAGAAAAUCUGACAGUUCUGGAUCUCUGCAGGAAUAAGCUGGGAUGUGUCCCAGACUGGUUGUGCGAGAGCAGCAGACUGGAGGUGUUGGAUAUUAACCAUAACUGCGUCACAGAGCUGCCCGUAUGGCUGCUCUCUAGUGGGAGUCUGAGGAAGCUGCUGGCAGGCUGGAAUGAUGUGUGCAGGCUUCCCGAGAGGCUGGAGAGUUCCCAGCUGGAGGUCCUGGACCUCCAACACAAUCACCUGACGGAACUCCCGCACAACCUGUUUAUUAAAGCUCAGAGCUUAUGCUACCUAAAUGUGUCAGCCAAUAAGCUGGAAGACUUGCCUGCAGCCAGCUUGUCAGAGGAUGCCUGCAGCAGUCUGGAGGAGCUUUAUGUGACAAAUAACAGCCUAACGGACAAGUGCAUCCCUCUGCUGAUGGGACAUGGCCGCCUCAGGGUGCUUCACCUUGCCUACAACCAGCUGCAGACCUUUACUGCCAGUAAACUGGCUCAGCUGGAACAGUUGGAGGAGCUGGACCUGAGUGGCAACAGACUGAGGGCUGUGCCCACCACCAUCCUCAGCUGCCGGCGGCUGCACACGAUGUCCGCCCACUCCAACUGCAUCAACACCUUCCCAGAAGUGCUUCAGCUGCCCGACAUAAAGUGCGUUGAUCUGAGCUGCAACGAGCUGAAUGCGGUGGAGCUGCCGGAAGUUCUUCCCCCAAAACUCCAAGAGCUCGACCUCACCGGAAACCCUCGACUCAACCUUGACCACAAGAGUCUAGAACUCCUUAACAACAUCCGCUGUUUCCGGGUGGAUCCGUCUCCUUCAGCUUCUGCUGCGAGCGAGAGUCACGGAGUCCCUGCGGUCUGGAGUCACAGCUUUACAGAGGCUUCUGGAGUUAAAAACAAGCUGUGUGUGGCAGCUCUGGCCCAGGACACUUUCUGCGGGACUCGUGAAGCUCUGUACGGCGUCUUUGAUGGAGACAGAAACGUCGAGGUGCCUUACCUGCUGCAGUGCACCAUGGGAGAUGUUCUGGCUGAGGAGCUGCACCGAGGGCCGUGGCAGGAGGACUACAUGACCAACACUUUCCUCACCAUGCAGCGGAAAUUGGGCACGGCGGGUCAGAGGAUGGGUGGCUCGGCAGUUUUAUGUCACAUCAGACAUGACCCUGUGGCACCCGGUGAGCCCAGGAAUUGCUUUACCUUGAAGGCCGCCAACGUGGGCCGGUGUCAGGCAGUACUGUGUCGAGGAGGGAAAGCUUGGCUGCUGUCCAACAUCCACACCAUCCAGGAGGAGUCGGAGUACGAGAGGGUCCGACAGCACAAUGCUGUCAUCACAGAGGAUAACAAGGUCGGUGGUGUGACCGACUCCACCAGGAUGAUGGGAUACUCCUUCCUCAGUCCCUCUGUGACACCCUGCCCACACAUCUCCAUGGUGACGUUAACCCCUCAAGAUGAGUUUUUCCUCCUGGGCAGUCGAGGUCUGUGGGACCUGCUGUCUCCCAGUGAGGCGGUCGAGGCAGUCCGAAACGUUCCAGACGCCCUCGCUGCUGCUAAGAAGCUGGUGACUCUGGCUCAGAGCUACGGCUGCUCCGACAGCCUCAGCGCCGUCGUCGUUCAGCUCAACAUAACCGAAGACUGCUGCUGUUUCUGUGAGCCUCCCCCUCCGCCACCCAGUCCAGGACCCACUGCGCAGCCCACCCUGCAUCCCUACACACCCAGCAGCGACGGCGGGAUUUUGCUGCCGCCUGCCUCCUCUGGAACCAUGAGUGAGCUGAGCAGCGAGUUCAGCACCUCUGAGAUGAGCAGUGAGGUAGGCUCCACGGCGUCCUCCGAGGAGCCGCCGCUACAGACAGAACCCAUGAGCACCCAUCUAAACGCUCAGGGCCGAGCUGGCGUGCGGAGACCCGCUGUCAGGUUAGGCGACGUCCAGAGGCAGUUCUCCGGUGCACUGUCAGAUAACGGGCUCGACAGCGAGGAUGAGGAGCCCAUCGCUGGCGUGUUUUCCAACGGCAGCCGAGUGGAGGUGGAGGCAGACGUUCACUGUCUGCUCCGGCACGACUGCGCUCACACUAACAAAGCAAGCACAAACAAACCCAUCGCCAACGGUAACAAACUUUUGCCUCCCAGCCUCACCUGCACAUCUCCCUCACCCGUCCCUCCCUUCUCCCCAGGCCUGAGCCAGGAGGCUCGCUCGGUCACUCUGGGCCGCAGGGCUCGUGGUAACGGCUCCGUAGCCUGCCAGGGCCGGAGCCAGGAUCUUAUUGAGGAGGCAGCAGAAGCCCCCAUAAGGAAGCAGGGAGGCUACUUCAACGCUCCUGCCCAGCCGGACCCGGACGACCAGCUGAUCAUCCCACCGGAGCUGGAGGAGGAGGUCCGCCAGAUCAUCCAGCAGCAGCAACAGCAACAGCAGGAACAGAUGCAGACACACAACUAUCAGACAUCAGCCGACUAUUUCGUCACACCUCUUUGACUGCGGCGGUCAGCAACAUCAUACGGAUCUAGCUUCAGAAAGGAGGAGUGUCUGAUCUACUGGGCGCCGAGUUCAAUCUCAAAAACUUGGAGUCCUCUAAACGCGUUUUUGGACCAGAAACUCUUUUAAGGUUUUCUUAUCCACUUUAAUUUCCACUGUUCACACGCCCUGAAACACAAUGCAAUUUUUGUAAUUUUAUGUUGAUCUUCACAUGUAAAUGAUUUUUACCAUAUCUAUGAUAUGAUGAAGCACUUUGUGUUGUAGUAGCUUUUCAGAUCAGUUCUACGUUAAACGGUACUUUAAGAACCGGACCAGCGGAUAUUUUUCCCCGUUUGGGUCGCAGCGGAUGACCUUAGAGGUGUCGGAGUUAGGAACUGUUUAACUAACUCCUAGGAGUUUAAUACUUUAAAGUGAGUUAGUCACUGAGGCUUAACUAAUAUUCUCUGAGAGAAAAGAUUAUACCUGAAGGCCGACGACGUUCCGGGUCCGUGUUCUCUAGAUGGUGCUGCAGUGUUUGUAGUUACUAACAGUUCAGAGCAGUGUUACAGCAAACAGCACAAGAGACCUACUUUUGCUAAACAAUAAAGUUUUCAUAUAACUGCAA